ACCGUGCUCUGAAUUGCUCCGAACGACGCCGGUCAGAAUAACGUUAUCAAGUUAUCGCAAAGCCCAGGGUUUCCCACCAUGGAAAAGUGAUUAAAAGUAGUUGGAAAAUGUUGUGAAAAUUAUUUAAAACUAUAAGUGAUGAUGUAAGAAUUUUAUUCCGUAAACUGUUAUCAGUAAACUGCGCAUGAUAAGACGGAUUUUCGGGAAGGCAAUACUAGCAGGACUUUCAAGAAUUUUGGGUAUUAAGUAGAAGAUCGAUCGACCUCAGAAUGGCGAAAAACGCUAGUGAAAGUAGAAUUCCCGUUUCACGAGCGUCAAGACCAUCAUUUCUGCCAAAACCUAAAAUAAUAUCGCCUCUGAAGAAUACUGGGACUAGUAUUGGUGGAAAUUCGAGGAGAUCUACAAUUUUAGCGUCAGGAUGCUUCUUCCCUUCAGACAUUCAUGAAGAUAUUGGGUUGAAGACACCCAGGGGAAGAUUUUCUGGGGUGCCUUGUGCGUAUUCUACGCCUGGUGGAGGAGAAUUAGGACGGAUUCCACAUGCAGCGUCACCAAUCUGGAAUCUCAAGAGUGAAUCCCUCCAGCAGGAGGUCUCGUUUGACCGCCAAGAGGAUGAACUUUUCGGCUCGUUUCAUGGCCAAUUGACUAUGCUGGAGGAUAUUGGCAACAGCUGUUUAGUGGAGACAACCCUCGGAGGUACUCUCAACGAUAUCAAUACCACUAACAUCAACGGUAGCUUGUCAACUCACCAGUAUCUCUCUCUAAACAAACAAAAUUCAUUUGAGCACGACGAGAGCCUCGGGAUUCUCACGCCGGAUCAGAUGACGGAUUUUACAGUGGCCCUCGGAUGUUCUCGCACGCCCUCGUGUGAGAAUCUCACCGGUUCACGUGGCGUGCCAGCAGCAACAACGACUUCUUCUUCGCAAAGAUCAAGGCCAACAGACAUACAAUUUGGAGAUAAUCGAGAGGCAAACGUUUUGCUUUGUGAGCGUUCGCCAUCGCUCGAAGAGCUUCCACUCGAUCCUAAACCCCCGGAGAGUGAGAAAUUAGGCGAGGGGGUUUAUAUCGAUCAACAAGUGGUUUCUUCAAUUGUCGUAACGAGUGUUGCGUCUGCAGUGACAUCGGUGACGUCAGCGGCGUCACUCCCCAUGAGUUUUGUCACUUCUGUUACAAGUAUCACGAGUCUUGAGGCUGGUUAUCAAGGGGACGGUGAGAAUUCUCGGCCUGCGAGUCGAGGCCCGGAUCCACCUGGAGUGAAUCCUGGCAGUUUAUCUGGCAAUCUACCUGCUUCCUGUCAGGCUUGUCGUCUGCAAGAUCCAAUGACGGAUUCAGACUUUUUCACAGAGAGCGAUGCUGAUGCCCACGAAGAUAUGGGCCGAGGCGAUCGUCGGGCCCAAGUCAUUGAUGGCACUCUAUUUUGCGCACCCGCUGACGCUCGGAGACGCUGCCCAAGUUUUGCGGGAGAGGAGAUGGAUUCCAGCGGGAUUUAUUCUGAUCUUGAUAAACGACAGGAUGAAAGGUUCAAUGGGGACGAGCAGGUGAGCGGGGAUCAAACGCCGGAUACUGCCAAUACACCGGAUACUGCAGAUACUGCUGACACGCAAGUGUCACAGAACGUCCAGUUGACCCCCAUUCUCAAGACGGAUAUGCCCGCGGUUAUUAUGGAUUUUUUGCAGGUUCCGAAAAAUCCACUGGAUACAACGAGUGAUUCCAACUCUUCAGGUGGACACGAGGUCACAGUCAUUCAUGUAGAAACGACUGUAGAUACCAAUCGUAGUAUCACAAAAAUCCAGGGAAAAGUGGAACCCUCUCCCUUAAAAAAAUACAAGAUGCCAAAGAAGAAUGUAGAAUCAAAGAUAAAGGCGAUGAUUGAAUCAACAACUAAGGAGGAUUUACUGAAAGAAACAAGGCGCGCCACAAGAAAUCGUAAAAACGGUCAUUGGGACGCAGUGAUGAGUAAGAUCGAAGCGGGUAAAUCGGAGCAACGAUUAAGGCCACAACGCAAGGAAGUCAAGUCCCGAUUUAUGGAAAGCCUUACAUCAUCUGUUCCCACAUCAAGUACUCAACCAAUAUCUUCACCAUCAGUGGGAACAAUUGCUUCUACCAAACGGUCACCAGGUGAUGCAAACAACAAUGCGAAAGCCACAAAAGACAAAAGGCGAUUCCGAGGGCGUCAGGGUAUAAAUUCCCCCAUUCAAGAAACUGCGCGUAGUUCCGUCCGCAGUUCAAUGAGCGAUCUGAGUAGUGGACUCAGCAAGGAAACAGUCUCCAAACGAUCCAUAACAGCAGCGACGCAGCAACGAAGAACCGUCAAUGGUCGGGCGAGUCUCAAGUCUCGCGCCCCCAGUAACGAUGCCAAAAAGGCCGGUACACUUGACUUAUCGCCGCUCAAUCUGGAAAAGAGCCCGGCACCGAUUCGCAAGUCGACAUUGUCACGACGUUCAACGCCAAACAAUGGAAUUGUUCACUCUCUGAAACAAGUUGCAUCAACACCCGCAUCCGCCACAAAAGAUUCAGUGAGGAGAGAAUCUAAUUCCAGUACACCUACUUCAGCGAGGAUUUCUAUUGAUACUCGUCAACAGGCGACCCAGACUAAUUGUGUGGAUGAGUCAUUUAGGAUUAAAAGAACGGAGAAUGCUCUUGAUGCUCUCUGUUUGACCAUUCAGUAUUUAGUGAGACAAAACGAGGAGUAUUCAAACAAAGUACAACAAUCGCUGUGUGACUCCAGCGCAGCAAAAACAACUCUACAGGAGACGCUCACCUUAGAGCGUGAAAAUCAUUUAAAAGCCCUGAACAAUCUUCGAGUAGACUUAGAAACCAAAUACACUGAACGAAUCUCCAUCCUCGAGAAUGCCCUGCAUCAAGAGCGAGUUGCCUUCGAAGCGCGUUUGAAAGCCUCUCUCAACGAAUUAAUAAAGCAGCACGAGAUCGCCCUCGAACAACUCAGAUCGGAGCACUUGUUAGAGCUCGAGCAGAAGUUGGCCAAGGAAAAUGUCCAGGAGACUUCCCAAGAAUUGUCACCCCCAUUCCUCGCAGAUGACUCUGUUAAACGAGAGUUAGAGUCUUUAAAAUCCUGCAUCAAGCCAAUUUUAAUAAUGAAACAACGGGUGAACGGGAAGCUCAAACACGAGAAUGAUUUAUUGAUGAAAAAACUGAAAGAUAAGCAAUUGAAAAUUCAGAGCCUUGAGACUGAGCUCGAAGAGUCUAGAAAAUCAAACAAUUUAAUCAAUUUAGAGACUAGUAGUGAUCAGUCUUCAAGCCUCCAUGCAGAAGUUUGGUCUUUAAGGUCAGUUUUAGAGCUACGAAGUCAGGAAAACGCUUCAAUGAGGAGUGAGAUUGAGAUACUACGACGUGACGUCGAGGGUAAAGAUACACUUGAACAAAAAGUGGAAUCCCUCGAAGCCAGGUGUGAAGAUCUGAAGGCCCAACUGCAGAGCAAAGAGUCUUACGAACGAACUCUAUCCCAUCAGAAUGAAAUUCUGCUGGGUUCAUUUCACGAGGUCUCCAAGCACAACAAACGACUCACACAGAGAAAUGAGGAGCUCCAAUGGAGAUUGAGACAGAAGAAUGAAGUUGUAAGUGUUUUGGCGAAUCAGUUAGCAACUCCUGAUAGAUUAUCGAGGUCUCUGGGCCCUGAGCACAUUGAUCAUUCAAUCACUCCAGAGAAGAAUCCAACGUCUUCGUCAAUGAUAAAGUUUAUGGUGCAGAAGGGGGACUCUGUGUCGUGGACGUUGGAGAUUGAUGAGUCGUCUGAUCCUUUACCUAAUAAGGAUAACACACCAACGGUUUCGAGGCAGAAUUCCUUGAGGAGAGCUCCACGAAAAUCUUUGGAUAUCAGAGCGAGAUCCAAAAGUGUUUCUACUUCAGAUGCCAUGCGGGAAGAUGGUUGGACUCCUUCUUACAAUUCUACACCGGUUCCAGUAAGGAGGAGGCCCAGGAGUGAUCCUUCAGCCUCUCCGGGAGAUCAGACACCUGUCAGUGUUGUUAAUGAUCAGCAAACAACUGGGCCUAGACCUCAAGAAGCAGGAGGAGAAGCCAUGAUUUCCGAAGAGACUUCCGCCACAAGCAGUGAGGAUGAGUCCUCAGCUAGCACUGAUAUCCCCCGUCUAGCCAUGGAGUUUGCAUGGAGCAAUCCUGUCGAGUGAAAUAAAAGUAAACGUCGGGUCAAAUUCUCACUAAACUUCUGAGAAGGGUAAUAAUCCAGAUAAUCCAGUUCUCUGGGCUGAAUGACAGAACGAGAGGAUAGUGUAGGUUUUUUUUUUCUGAUGGAAAAACCAAUGUUCAACUCGAGAUAUUUUUGUGAGAAAUCAAAAUUAUUUCAGCAAAGUAGUAAAAAACAGAUAUGUCAUUUUUUGAUGACUUGGAAAUAUGGAGGAUUUUUUAAAUUAUUCAUCACCGGCGUAAAUUUGCAGUGAAUUUUACUCAUCUCCUUUUACUUAAAUACUAAUUUGAAUCCUGCAAUCUCUCUACUCUCUCUUUUUUAUGUGUUGAUGAUCUAUGACCGAAUUACUGGUUACAAUUACCAAGUUAAUUUAUUAUUUAUCGUGUGAUCAAUGUGUGUUCACUGGGAGUUUGUGUGUAAAAAUGAGUGCUUGUUUGUCUUGUUUCUUUUGGGGCGAUUUGAGAGAAGACAAGGGCGACUAGAAAGUUAUAUUUUAACGAAAAAUAUGGUGUUCUAAUGACCAAAAAAGAUGAUUUUCUCAGAAAAAAAAUUGCAUUUUUUCUUCCUUAUAAAAAUAUUUUAUUUUUUUAUCAUGUUUGUAAAUAUUUGAUGUUAAUGAUUAUCAUGGUGUGUUUAGUUUAAAAAAUGAACUUCCCUGUACAUAUAUAUAUAUGAUUGUGUAUUCAUGAAUUGAUUCCGUCAUAUUCAAUUUUUUUUGUACCAGUCUCUGAUUUCAAUUUCAAUCAUUCAUGGAACAAGAAUAAAUUCAUGUGAUUGAUAAUGUUAGAAUUCCUAUUUGUCACUCCAUGUUAAUACAGACUUAAUAUAUGAUAAAAAAAUGUAAUUGGCGUUCUGGGAACUCAAUGAGUUCCUUUUUUACACGUGAUUAACGAUACUAGAAUAUGAAAAGAAUCAUUGAAGAUUUAAAAGUAAAUUUAAAGGAUAAUUUAAAGUGAAUGCUAUGGAAAUUUAGAAGUUAGUGAGAAAACAAAUAAAAGUAUUAUGGGCUCGAGGAGUGUGUUUUCUCGUGUACAUGUUGAAUAAUUCAGUGUAAUAUAAUCUCCUUGGGAAAAUAAACAAAAAUUCAUGUUACGAUUA